CGCCGAAGUCGCGAAAACUAGUUUUUCGCGAUCGAUCGCGAGCUGACGGGCGCGAUCUCGCGCGAUAACAAAAAUGCCGCAAUUUAUGCGAACAAUCGAAGCGGAGAGUUCGUUCACCCGCUCAUUUACGUAAUAUCGUGCGCGUAACAACGAUCGAUCUCGGGGCGGCCAUCGAUUCACACUAUCGAUUCCUUUCAUCCCCUCUAAAGAAAGAUGGCUGUUACGGCACGCUACGGCGCACCGCUGUCCGAAAGUCAUAGUUCCGCGGUGUUGAUAAACAAGCUGGGUGCCUGCGUCGGAGGUGUCUGGCUGGCGUCCACGUGAGGUUCCGUGUCGAUAUAACGUUCCUUUCGUGUCCUCCGCGGUAUACAGGAACAACAACGGCGUCAAUCACGGAAUCGGCGAGGGAAGGCGCGACGACAACGGCGGCGGCGACGGUGGCCGAGAGACAACGUCUACUGGCUCACGGCGACGGCACUGUUGAGGUUAUGGAUAACUUCGUGAAAAUCGAGAAGAUAGGAGAGGGUACCUACGGGGUGGUGUACAAGGCCAAGGACAAGUUAACCGGGAAAUUGGUGGCGCUCAAGAAGAUUCGCCUGGAGACGGAAAGGGAAGGUGUUCCUUCCACCGCCAUUCGAGAGAUAUCGUUGUUGAAAGACCUCGCUCAUCCGAACAUCAUACAAUUGUACGACGUCGUAGAUGGCGACAAGCAUCUGUACCUCGUGUUUGAAUUUCUGCAGCAGGAUCUCAAAAAGUUGCUCGACUCCGUGAAAGUGGGUCUAGACGAGGCGCUCGUGAAGAGCUACCUCCACCAGUUGCUGAAGGCGAUUGCCUUCUGUCAUCUCCGUUGUAUAUUGCACAGAGACUUAAAGCCGCAGAACCUGUUGAUAGAUCGCGAUGGUCACAUCAAGCUGGCCGACUUCGGCUUAGCAAGAAUGAUCGGCGUGCCCGUGCGCACAUAUACGCACGAGGUCGUAACGCUUUGGUACCGCGCGCCGGAAGUACUUCUGGGAACCAAAUUGUACACCUGCGCACUGGACAUAUGGAGCCUUGGCUGUAUAUUCGCGGAAAUGGCUAACAGGAGGGCUCUGUUUCCCGGUGACUCCGAGAUCGAUCAGUUGUUCAGGAUAUUUCGCAUACUCGGCACACCGGACGAAACAAUCUGGCCCGGGGUCUCGCAGCUGCCAGACUAUACAUCCAGAUUUCCGAAAUGGGAAGGGACCGAAGUGGGUAAAGUUAUAUCGUCUUUCGACGACGACGCCAAAGAUUUACUUUCGAAACUGCUGACGUACGAUCCUAAUCAGAGGAUAACCGCAAAAAAAGGAUUGACUCACCCUUACUUCAAGGGGGUUAAAUUAGUUCCACCACCACUGCCAAAGAAAAACUGACCGUAGAUUUAUGGCUGACCGGCGUACAUAUGUGUUUUUUCUUUUUUAUAGGUUUUGAAAUGAAACUUAAAUGAAACGAAAUCAAACUCAAAAGCGUAAAAUACUUCCAGAAAAAGAGCUAACACUAGACUAGUGAAAGUGUGUUCAUUUAUACUACAACGUUAUAUUAUCUAAUAUACAUAU